UCAUGUCAGUUAAAAUAUCUGUAAUCAAGGUUAAUAUAUAAUAUUUAAAAAGUAAAUAUAAAAUAAAUAUGAAAUAAAUAUAUAAUUAUUGAUUUUCACUGCAAAUUAUGUAACCAUAUAUAGAAUUUUGUGAUAGUUUGGAUUUUGCCAUUUCUUUAUGAGGUUGUAUAGCCUGCCCGGAGCAUGUAACUUGUAAAUGUAAAUUGGCAAGAAAAUUAACAAAUCCUAAAAAUAUCCAAUAUGUAUAUCCAAUUAUGGUUCUGAACCAUUAGCGUUGAAUAGACAAAAACAGGUUCUUUUUAAUACAUUUAUCCAUCAGUUGUCAAAGUCAUAUAACUGUCAAACUCAAUCUCAACCUCUAAAAUUAGAUUAUUUACAUUUUUCAACUUGAGCCUGAAAAUACAGCAAAAAUUAUGAAGCAGAAGUGAAUUAAAUUAUUCGCAAAUUAAUCGUAUUGAGCUAUCGAGACCACACUAGAUAACAAAAUAAAAUUGAAAUAUCUAUUAUUUUUAGUAUAUAAAGCUUAUAAACUAUAGGUACAAAACCAGUGUUUUUGUUUUUAUUAUGUUACAUUAAUACCUAAUAUAAUAAAGGAAAUAAAAUGAGUGACUCAACUGUAAAGCCUGUCGAGGACUCAAAGGCUAUUAUUGAGUUAGACGGCAAAACCAAAUUACGAAAAUGGCUUAAUAUGAAUUUUAGGAUAGAGAUGACCGAUGGAAGAAUCCUUAUAGGCGUAUUUCUCUGUACUGACAGAGAUGCCAAUAUUAUUUUAGGAGCUUGUUCAGAAUAUCUCAAAGGUGUAGAUGGUGAAACUGAGGAGCCUCGGGUUUUGGGUCUAGUCAUGGUACCAGGGCGUCACAUUGUGUCUAUACAGAUUGAUGACACAACACCGAAUCAAAAAUAUUUCUUUGAUGAAUGACACAAAAAUACUGUAAAUGUUAGAUAACAAAUAUUAAUGAUAAAUAUAAAAUAAUAACAAAAAAGAAUAAUGAAAUAUUUUAAUUUAAGAUCACAAUUUACUUAGUUUCUGUAACGUUAGCUUAAAUAAAUCUU